AUAAUCUUUUAUAAUUCUAUACUAUGUAUGUAUAUUAUUAAAAUCGGUAAACUUUACUUGUUUGUUUUCUUGAUAUUCAGUAAUAGUUUUGAUCACUAUCAGGCACGAUAAACACCAAAGAAUGUCAGGAAAUGUGAAUAGACGUCAGAAUUCAAUAAUUUCACAAGUGAUUUUAAAUAAUGAGAAAGAUACAAAAAUAACAAUUGACGAAGAAUUAGAUGAGAAUCGUUUUCGUACAUAUAACAUCAAGGAUGUAAAAAUGGCUAAAACUUAUUUACCGGAAAAUGUGAUACGUGAUUUUAAAAAAGGCUUUGAGGCCUCUACAAAAUCGCCAAAUUCAACACCGAAAUCACGUAAUUUUGUAAAAAAACUCGUCGCCACACUGGAGAGUAAAAAAUAUCGAGCAAGUGGACAUUGCACUGCUGAUGAUGAAUUUUUCGCCAAAUGUUAUUCUAGGCCAUUAUCCAAAAAUCAUGUGUCCUAUGAAAAUCAAGAGAAGAAAAAAAAUUAUUUCGAAGAAAAAUAUAAUUCUAAAAUGGAAAAAGCAUCAAAAAAAUCUAUUGAUGAUAAGAAUAAGAAAAAAUUUGAAUUUGAAAUUUUUAAACAAGGAGAAGCAUUAACAAAUUUGACAAUCGAUGAAUAUAUUAAAUUGAAUUCGGUAAAAAAUAUUCAUGUUACGAAGAAAAAUGAGAAUUAUUUUGAGAAAAGAAAAACUUUAUUUUGGAGUUCGAAAAAUGAGGAGAAAAUCGAUGAAGAAAAUCAUUUUGAUAAUUCAGAGAAUCUUGUUAAAUAUCGUCGAAGUUUUCCUGAGACAAAUAAUAAUGAUGAUGAUGAUGAUGAUGAAUUUUCCAUAAAUUCCGAUAAGUCAGAAAAUCUUUCAACUAUUUUUAGAGAAACCAAGAAUAAAAAGAAUAUUUUCAGACGUUCAGGACAAUUUGAAGAGAAAAAAACGUUUAAAAAUGUUUUAAGUUCAUUAAUUGGAUUUAAAAAUCGCAAUAAUCCAGCACUUCCAAGAGGUAAACGUAAUGCCUUAAGUCAAAAGGAGAGUUUAGGUGAAGAAAUGCGUCUUUUUCGUCGUGAUAUGAUGCCUGCUUUACUGAAAGCGGCAAAAUCUUAUAAAACCGAAUUUGAUGACACUCCAAUAAGUGACGAUACAUUCACGACAAUAAUGGCAGCGACGAAACCACAAUCAGAUAAUCGUAGUGCAUCGAUACAUCCAUUUUAUGGGUCUAAAAGAGCAUCGACAUUUCUUCAACCACUUCCAGAGGAAAUUUACGAUUUUCAGACUGAAUCAUCGAUUAUAAAGGACAAAAAAAAUUCGCAACAACGGGGAUUAGAGCGUAGUCCUCCAUUAUAUCAGAAACCAUCGGAAAUUAUUUACGACGUACCAAAAUCAAAUAAACACAUCAACUUUGAAUCUCAAAUAAAGAAAAAUGAUGAAAUUAUCAAUGCUUAUCAAAAUAUGGAUUUUCUCAAUGACAGCAAUAAUUGGCGUAAAAUUCACAAUCCAGAGCCAAGAAAGAAUAUUAUUUGCGGUAGAAGAGCAUUAUUUAUUCGUAAACGUAAGCAAGAAAAAAAAUAAUCAAUCCAUAGUUCCUUUCAUCCAAGAACAGUGAUCAAAACUAUAGAUUUUCCUUAAAUUUUAAUAAUUAUCAUACGAUUGUCAUAAAUAAUGAAAUUUAUAGUAAAAAUGGAAAAUUAAUUUUAUGUACAUAAUAUAUAUUAUUGAAUUACAAUAAUUAAAUUAUAAAAUUCUCCCCUUUUCUUUGCUUUCUAAUCGCGGAGAAUUAUUAUUAUACGCUUAUAUGUAUAUUUAAAAUUAUAAAAUUUGAAGAACUGACAUCGAUCAUUUUUUUUUAUUAUGUGUAAGAAAUAUUUAUAUAUUAAAAAAGAAAAAAAUUUUGUGGAGUGACUUUCUUUUUGUUUUUUAAAGAAACAAUAUAAUUUGUAUUACUUUUAUUGAAUAUGUAUGAUGAAAAUAUGAGAAUUUUAAUUUUCAAUUUGUGAAUAAAAAUAAUUUAAAUUUGAA